AUGGCUUCUCGCGGGCCCCCGCGACGGCGAGAGCCCAAGCCGCCGGCCGAGGAGGCGAGACGCGGGUGGAAAAGCGGCCGGGGAUGACUUCAUCUCUGGGACGAGCGGCGGCGGCGGCGGCAGGGGAGGUUUCCGCGCCGUAAUAAACUCCUGCCUAACUUGGUUUUCAGGCUCCCGAGGCAAGAAGUCCGACGGACGAGGCGGGCGCUGCCAACUUGUCGCCACAGCGGCUGCGGGCAGGUAAAUCCGCUCCCUGGUUUGUACCGGUAGCGGGGAGGGAGUUAUUUGGAGCAGUGUGGUUUUCCACACACCCCAACCCCCCCCCCCGUAGGCGAUUUCCUACCUGAGGAAUGUCUGUGGGAAACUUUGAGCUCAGGUAAGUAGCAAUAGCAGCGGCAGCAAUGGGGGUUGCAAUCCGUACAGCAAGAGAAAAGCUCUUGGCAGCAUCCUUUGCAUUUCCGAAGGGAAGGGAGUAAUGUAAAUACAGGGCGACCCUCAGGGGCUUACCUGGUGCAUAGACUAGCUACCUAUGGAGUUGGAAGGGGCCACGAUGGUCAUCUAGUCCAACCCUCUGCCAUGCAGAAAUCUCUUUGCUCGAAGUGGGGCUGGAACACGCAACCUUGAGAUUAAAAGUCUCAUGUUCCUACUGACUGAGCUAGCCCUGUUUUUUCGAGUAUACGCAAAUGGUUGUGUGCAUAAGCUGGGAAGGUGGACUUCUUACAACACAAAAAAAACCCUGGAAUGUCUCCUGUGGGGAUUUCGAGAGGGGCAGUCCUCUUAGUCUUGUGGCACCUUAAAAAGCAGACUUCAUCUGACACAUGUAUCCAGAGUUGUGUACAUGCAUGGUUUGGGGAGGGGGGUCGUGAACAGUGGGGUUGGGAGGAAAGGAAAUGUGUUUUAUUUUCAGAGAGGAGGAAGCGGGUAUUGAGUGGCUCUGAAAAAUAAUGCAAACCAUCUUCUGACAGUGUCGAUGGUAGAUGGAUUGAAGCAGGAAAGCUCCAUUCUGUUUGUUUGUUUGUUUGUGGAUGGGUGUGUUGGUGGUGCCGGGGACCCCCAGGAGAGGCAGGAGAGCUCCCACUUCUCAAGGAUCUCUGAGUUCAAGAGGCAAUGUGGAGUAGGAACCUCUUGCACCUUUACCUUGCGAAGCAGUUCUUUGACAGGAGAAAAUAUGAGAGGGGUCUUAUGAAAAGUAUGGCAGAUUGAUCAUAUGCUGCUCAGAAAAGGAGGAAUUAAGGGUAGUGACUUCUUAGUGAUAGUCCUUUCCAUCUGCCAGUUUCUCUACCUCCAUAGAGUGCUAUGGAUAGCCUGAUGCUCAUUACUCUCCCUCUCCCAAUGACUUUGAUUUGACCCACCUUAAUCUUGCACUUUUAAGAGUGACAUAUAAAGUUUGCUGCAUAACUGUUUGGAGUGGCUCUUUGAAAAUUGCAGCGCUUGUUGUUGUUGCUGUUGUUGUUAUAUUUAUUUAUACCCCACCUUCUUCCCUGACAGGGACUCAAGGCGGUUUACAGAUAAAAAUAAGACAACUAAAAACUUUUUUAAAAAACCAAUUAUUUUUUAAAAAAUAUUAAUCAAUGUUCGAAUUAAAACUAUGCUUUGGAACUUCCCUGCUAUAUUGAUUUAGACAGCCUGCUAAGAACUUAUUUAUUUCAGCAAUAAUUUAGUUAUGUAUACUUGUUUUUAUUGAUAAAUCAUGUAUGCUGCGUGGAGACCUUUUGGUUAAGUGGUUGACACAUUUUACAAAAUAAAAAAAUUAAAAAGCUUAUCAGAGAUUCAACAACCAUUUCUUCUUGCACUGUUAAAGCGACAGUGAGUUGUGUUGUUUUCCUUCUUAGUUCUCAAGAGCUUUGGAGAAAAGGGAUUUUUACAUUUGGAUUUUACACAAGUCCUCUGGUGGUAGAGGAAAGGCAUUUGCUGGAUUUCUCCCAUAUAAGGUCGCCUAAGGCCACCCUCACACACCAAGCUUGUUACAUAAGACUUUCCUAGUCUCUGGAAGUGGAGCAAUGUGGAUCAUCUCAUGGAUCAUCACUUUACCUCCAGGGUAGUCAACAAAGCUCUCCAGAUUUUCAGCUCCCGUCAUACCCCAGAAACUAUGGCCCAAUAGGCAGGAACAAUGGGAGUUGUAGGCCUACAGUAGCUGACAAAACAUUGGUUAACUGUGCUUUACAUGACAUGGAUGGCAUGGGUACAUGAAAUGGUACUGGCCAAUUGUGGUAUUUUUGUGCCCAGGCACAGAAAAUAGCAUCAGGGAGAUUUGGAAAGUGACAAAUCCAUUGUGAUACAGAUGUUCACUUUUCCUAGCUCAUUGAAGUCUCUUCAAAACCUGCAAACCUCUUUGACCAAAACCAUGGUGGGAUAAAGAGAAUGGAUCUGUGUAGCAUGUAUAAGAAUAGAAAUAUCAUAGUUCCAUCAAGGCUCUGAAAUAUUAUUAUAUUAUUGGUAGUGUCUUCAGGAUACUGAAUGCCAGUACCACUUUUCUUUGAUUAGGGUGCAUGCAAUCUUGCAGAUGGUUUAUAAGAGCAUCCUUAAAUUAGCAUGAAAAAGUCCACACAAAGUUGAGACAAAAUGCAACAGUUAUAACAGUAAUUCACCAUGGGCCCUAGUAGUUCCCAAAGGAAGUGGUGGCUGCUGCUUCUGAUUCCAGCGGGAUGCCUUUCUACACUACAUGAUCUCAUUUAACCACAGUCUGUAAUUCAUGAUUCAUGAGUGCUGUGGUUUACGUUAUCCAAGAAGCCAAAUGAGAUUGGGGACACUUUUCAGUCCCACUGAUUUCAGUGGGAACAGUUAAGCAACUUCUCAGGAAGCAGAAUUGGUCACCAGUUCUUUAUAGCCUCCUUCCACUGGUGGGACGAUGUCCUGAAAUUCAAGGUAAUGGGUUUCUUUUACCACACCUACCAUAAUGUCAUUUUUCUUUCUUUGGUAGUUCAUAUUUGUAUACUCUGGUGGUAUUCAACAAAGUUGUUUGCUGUUGGGAGAUACAUUAGCUGAGGUCGGGGAUAGGUCCUCUCUGUUACAGCAUCUGCUCCAUUGGGUGUACACCUAGGAGUAGCUGCAAUAUGUAGGACUGAGUUAGCCUUCAGCUAACUUGUAAGUGUGCUUUUGACAAUAAGGAGUUAAUUCUUCACUCCAGACAGAGGCAGUGCCUGGCCCAAGGUCAUCCCAGUGAGCUUUGUGGUCAAAUGGGGAUUUGAAGCCUGGUCUUCCAGGUCCUAGUCCAACAGUCUUUCUCAUUAUCCCACACUGGCUUUCAUACAAGUUCCAUUAGCACAAAGACUUCUGGCUGCACAACGGAAUCGCUCCUGCAUAGCUCCCUGUGAGUCUCCCAAAUGCCCACUGGACCUGUUCCGGAUAGCGCCCCCCCCCCAAUCCCCUGGAGCAGAUUCAGGGAGGGCACCAGGGAGACAUAGAAAGAAGAGAGAAGAGAAGUUCCAUUGUACAAACUGAAAUCAUUUGUGCUAAUAUAACUACUUCAUGGCAUUGGGUUAUUUAUAGUUUCAAAUUAUAAAGUUGAAGUUCUGCUUUAACCAAAUAUGAAAGUGAACUUGUUUUUGACUAGUAAACAAAUAUUCAGAUUCAAUGAAUACUUCUUCCUCAUUAUUUUUCCACUCUCCCCCUACAUUUCUUCCUCUUUUAAAUCCUGAUUCCUCAUCACCUCUCUUUGUCUUUGUCCAUUUGAUAUCUAAAGCACACACACACACAAAAAAACCCAGUGGAUAUCUUUCCUACCUUAUUCCAUUUGGUAGUGUAAGACAUAUAUUUUUCCAUGUUCCUUUCGAUUUUAGGGACACAGAACAGGGCUAGCUAAGAGCAUUGCUUUGUGCCCUACCACUGCUUAAUAUUAGACAGUUCGUGAAAGAGGAUCCCUGGGUCCCUGCAAUAGUCAGCCUGCAAUUAUGUAGAAAUGAUGUGGAAUUCUUAGAGCACAGAGCUGGCUUUAUAUGCAGUUGCCUCAUCCAUCAAAAUUACAUAUAACUUCCUUGGCACAGUACAGAUGACCUGGCUGCUGCUUGCGCCAGAUGCAUUAAAUUUGCAUGAGUGCCCUAGUGCACCAUGUUUAGUAUGGAGUUUCUGGGAUAGAAAACAUGCACACACCCCACAUUUCUAUCUUCUAACAGCUCCACGUACAGCGAAGGGGCAUGCAUUCUGCUUAACAGAAUGAAAACGAGUAGCACUUUUUCACUGUUUGGGUGGCAGUGGGAACUUCUACCAUCUCCUCUUCCCCCUUUUACUGAUUUGGAAGAAAACAGAAAUCCCAUCCAAGUCAUUGACAUAUAGUGGUCUCUUACAUCAGUGGACUCUCUCGUCUGUUUUGCAGCUACAUUAGGAAGAGACGAGUUGGUUGUGUGGAAGAAUUGCCAAUAAUUUUCAGGAGGUAAUUCUUCAAGCAGAUUCUGCUAAACGAAUUAUAGGUAACCACAGCGGUUAUUUGACCAGCAGGGAGCCAUAUCUUAAGUUGACAAAAAUGAUACUAAUGCGCAGUGUGCCUAUAGUGUUUUCCCCCUUGGGUGUUUUACACGCUACAUUGCAGUCUGGUCCUAUGUGUGUUCAUUUGUAAAAUAGGCCAGUACUGCUGCAGUAUAGCCAUAAUAUACGUAGAUGGUAAAUUGAAGGUACAAGAUAGUGGCCUGUCUCAGACCACCCCUGAGUUCAUAGCUAAGCAGAGCUCUGAAUCAGAAAUGGCCAGCACAUAAUCCUAACCACACAGUACUGCUCUAGCUGUCUCUGUAAUGGGUAAACGCUUAAGGGCAGUUUAUGGAGCUUCAUGAUAUUUGUUUAUUUACCUGUUCAAUCUCUCUGAUUUGUGCAGUGGGAGGAGUGUUUGCGUAAAUGGGUACAGUUUUAUACAUCCAUUUAAGCUUAAUGAUUCAAUCGAGUCUAUUGCUUUCCUGCUGCUUGGAAGUAGUGCCAGUUCAAUGACUGAACGUAAUCAACAUGAGUCAUGCUUAAAGGACAUUUCAUAUAUUACUCUUUUGAGGUUUUCCAUAUGCUUAAAAAUCAUUAAUUUGUAGCCACAGAAUGUAGAGUUAUGCAUUUCAGAGCCAUAGCUAGAAAUCAUCACCAAGGAUUAAUGACUAACCCCUGCAGGUUUUAUAAUAUUUAAAAAGAAUAUGAAGAAAAUCUGAUCACUCUUGUCUCUGCUAGAAAAUGUAAACUCUUGCCAGUGUCAGUAGGUUGAGACUUUAACAAAAAUCUGGGCAUUGGCAGAGUUUACAUUCUCUUGCAAGGACUAGAGUGAUAAUCAGAGGGAUAUAAUUUUAUAUAUGUGUUAACAUCUAAUUUAUUAUUUUUAUAUCCUACAUUUCCUCCAAGGAGCUCAAGGUGUCAUCCAGGGUUCUCUUCAUCUCCAUGUUAUCCUCACAACAACCCUGUGAGGUAGGUUAGGCUGAGAAACAGUGAUAGGACCAAGGUCACCCAGUGAUCUUAGUGGCAGAGUGGGGAUUUGAACCCAGCUCUCCCAGGUCCUGGAGCCUGACACUCUCGCUGGCACUCCUCCUACCUAUCUGUCCCUAUAUAGAGGCACAUAGACAUAAAUAUAUGAGCCAUUAUAGGGCCGGGAUAGAGCAGUUGUUUCUGUGGAAGCAGACCUGCUUUCUAACCACUGAAAACUGCCUGGUUUUGUGGACCUUAAACUCCCUUCAUCAAGCAGAUUCCCAUCACCUUAAGUUCUAGUAAUUGGACCAUAGACUCAUUUUAGGUUCGAUGCAGUUGUCCCUUUGCAGUGGCACAGAGCCACAUAUGUCUAGGAAUCUAGUCUAACUUGAGCAUGUAUAACCAAAAAGCACAGAACUACAAUGUUCAAACAAUGCUGUCUCACUCAGGACUGGCAGGAAAUCAAGCAACAGAACAACAUAAGACGUAGGAGCCAACCAACUUUGUAAGACUAGAUAGAAUCCCAUUAGUCCUUUUUCUGUCCUGAUUGGCAGUUGCAGAGAAUAUUCUUGCCAUCUGCAGCGGUGCAGUUACUGCAGCGCAGCAGAUAACAGACUUGCAUAGCAAUUCCUACCUCUAGCAAGUUGCUGCAGUACUGUAGUGAGUAAGAUGUCUGAACCUCCUGCUGCCAGAGACCUUGGUUUAAGACAUUGGUGUAGCACUCUUUAAUGUGGCAUGUGCUUAUUACAGACUGCUGCUUGCUUCUACUUUGCCAAAUGUGAUUAUGAAGGCCUACUUUCAUAGCUGUCAACGUUUCCCUUUUCUUGUGAGGAAUCCUAUUCAGAAUAAUGGAGUUUCCCUUAAAAAAGGGGAAAAGUUGACAGCUAUUUCUAGGUCUCACAGCAUCAAACAAGGAAAUAAGCUUGCUUCUAGAUUGUACCAUGUCAGGCUACAAGUCAGGAUCCUGUUACUGGAUUCUUCUCCCGACGUAGAGAAAGUUGCUUUCCACAGAGAAGCACAGCUACAAAGCUGUCCCUCAUUUAGUUUUCUGUGUGCAGGAAAGCGUUCUUUUUUAAAAUCUCCAUGUUCAUUUUGAAUUUGUACAAUCAAGAAACAGAUUAAAUCUCCUCAUUUGAUGUUUAUAAAAACGAGGUCUAUGGAUAAUGCUUAUAAUGUUUACUCGUACUGAAAAAGAAUGAUAUAUAUGGAAGGAUAUAUACAAAGGAAUGUUGCCCAUGGACUGAAAAGAGCUCCCCACCUUGACCGUAGGGGAGAGGAAACAUUUCAUAAUUAAAUAUAGUCGUUAAGUUAAAUGUUUCUGAUUACUUGAGCUAUGGUCUACAACACACCUAAUUCCAUUGGGAUUUGCUUCCAAGCAUUUUGGAACUGGGAUUUUGGAAUGAUUUUCAAUUUGGUCUUCAUGAUAUAUAUAUAUUCCAAGACUGUUUUUAGAUUUAUCUGUCAGGAUGUUACUUACUAACAUUCUGGGCUUUCAGCACCAAAAGGCAGUUUUAUGUCUGGUACUCUAUAAGUCUUGGCUAGCUCCAGACUGGGAAGAUAAAGCAGACAAUUCAGAAAGCGUAGAUCCAUCGCUGUACUUUGCACUGGAUUUAAGUGAUUAUUUACAUCUAUAUACAGGGUAAGAGAAGGUUCAAACAGUGGAAUUUAAAAGUGCCAGAGUACUGUGGGCUUUGCCAAAAUAAAAAAAUUUAAAAAAUGCUUUAGCUGUGAAAUGCAGUGAAGCAUGAAGGAGACUUUAGGAGCUAAUCCAGAUUCUGGGUAUUUCUUAAGCUCACAUAACACAAAUCACAAGGUUACUAACAUUAUUGGAAUAAGGAUCCUACUGAUUUCUGUACUAAGAAACAGCAUUUGAAGCACCACGUCUUCAUAUGCUGUUAGGGAGAAGGAGGAAAGCCACACCCCAAGGAUUUGAUUACUGUUUAGCAUUUAGAUGCUUUAAUAAUUUGCAGAUGCACAUUAGGCACUUGGCAAGGGAGGUGGUGAUGCAGGCAUGUGGAGUGGAUGCAUGCAAAGCUUUGAGGGGUGUAAUAAUGCUGAACUCCAAAGCAAGGAGCCAGCUGGAAGGCAGAUAUCUUUCAGGAAAACUGGGGGGGCUUAGAAUGGGGGCUCUUGUAUUUGAUGGGUGAGCGCAGUCCUCUAGAAAUGCUAGUGCGCUCCUUAAGGGUUUUUAAUCAAAGCACUAUGUUGGACCAGAAAAGGCUAAGAAUAAUACUGACCCCUGGGUUUCAUAUUGCUGGACACUCAGACAAAUCUAGAUUGUUCUGAAGACACGGAGCGGAUUGGGAAUGACUCCAGAUUCUGGAAGCUCUGUCUUGUGAUUUCUGUGCAUUGGAAGGCUGCAAAUGAGAAAUACGAUUUUAAACAUUUAGAAGUACGUUCUGGAGACAGUAAUUACAGGGUGAAGUACUGAUGGAUACUUUCCAGGGCAGAUACCACAAUGUAAAAGGAAUAACAAAACAGUUUCUCGUCUAUUUCCACUGAAAGUGCCUUGGAACUGCAUCACAAUUAGAGAUGUCGAGCCUCAGUAUUAAUGGGCAAAGUUAACUCUUCUCUGAGCAGGAGACAUGCUGCUGCCUGCUGUAUGUUACACCAGUAAGAAAGGGCCUGUGAUUUAAACAAAAAAAAAGCAGCAAGUUAUUCAGGCUUAUGGAACUAAUUUCACAGUUCUUUAGAUUCUGGCUUAUAUAGACAAGAGUUGUUGUUUUUAUUUAGCUUUUUCCCCCCUUCAGCUUACAGAAUAUAAUAUUCUCACGCAAUGAUCAUUUUGUCCAAUGUCACACCCUCACAAUUUGUGAUGGGUUUGGCAUUUAAAUGUUGUUCCCUUGGCCUCUUUGCUUCAAUAUUUUUUGUUUUCAGUCCUGUGCACACUUACAUGUAAGUCGAAUUGAACACAGUGGGACUUACUUCCGUGUAAGCAUACAUAGGCUCAGGCGCCAAGACACUGAACUGUAGCCACGCUGUCUUAACAGAAAGGAGGCACAUGUUUGGCAUUUAAUUGGCUUUGGCUUGUUAAAAAAAGCAAAACCCCUUUGUUUAUCCCUCCCCCCACCAACAAUUUAAUGAAGAGUGCUGUGGGUUUCUCCUCACUGCUUCCAUACAUGAAAUCAAACAGGCCCAGAGGAAGGCCUGUCCUGAAUCUAACCUCAAAUUGUUGUUUAUGUAAGAGACAUGUCUUCAUGGAUUCAGCACAGGGUCACACCCCUGAAGCAUAUACUAAGUGUCAUCUAGGACAAGCCCUCAUCUAAAUUAAGAUUGGUUAAACUGUGUCGUACAGCUCAAAUUUAGAUACACUGAGAAGCAAUGCUGUAUAUAGAUCCCCUGCUUCCCAGAAUAACUAUCAGCUUUAUUAAAGCAGAGGAUCAUUCUCACCUGCAAGUGCUUGAUUCUCUAAAACAGAAGAAAGUGAACCUCAAGGGCUCAAAUUAUGGAGGGAAAGAUGUGAAGCCCUUUAAAAAAUCCACUUUGUCCCACCCCCAAAUUUUUACCCAUUUAUGUCCCUCUCUAGAUUUCUGAAAUGAAGUAGCUAAGGGGGCAGAUUCCCUUGGAUGUGAGGGCAAUCUGGCUGCGACAUCUGUCACCCCAUUGAUCGCCAGGGUUGAUUUGGUUGAUCUGGCUGGCUGGGCGGGUGUCCCCUCCCUCCCUCACUGCUCCAUGUGCAUCCCUCCUGAAGCUGCACGCUCGGUGGAAGACGACGACCGUCCCAGAUAGAAGGAGUGUACCGUUCUUCGGUUAAGGGUAUACGAUAGCUGCCCUCCCCUGCUAGAACCUCCAAACAAGCUCAGAUACGUAGGGAUUCUUAACCACAAGGUUGUUCACGUAGACAUGGGACAGAAGGUGAAAAUGGAUGAUUCACCUAACUAAGGGUCAGAUUUUGCAGGCUUAUGUUGGCAUCCAUCUAUCUCGGGAGACAACAAAGAGGUGCGCCUUGGGGGGGGUGAGGUCAAGCUUUAGGAAGGUUGCAGCGCUUGCUGUGGUCUUACAGACUGAUGUGGGAGAGACAUGCAGCUGGGGCAGAUGAAGGCGUCUUGGUUUUGCAGCUACAGGUGCAUUUCAGCAACAAUAGCUAAAGAAAGUGACUGACCACAGCAGCAUCAGGGAGGUAUACCUUAUGGUGUAUAGUAACGAUGUCACAGUCACUAACAGCACUAUGUAGAUAUUGGGGUAGAUGUUCAAACCUUUUGGACAUGGGUUUCACAAUCCAAGUUAAAAAUAGAGUGUUUAUUUGAGGAACAUUGGAAAAACAGAUUUGUAGUAAGCCCUCCCUCAACUGACAGAAUUCCCAUCCUCCCUCAACUGCCAUCCCAUGCUGCUGUCAAAAACCCCUCCUAUUUCACACCCCCAGCAUUUCAUACACCAAGUGAUGUCUUCUCCCAUCUCCUUGAAACACAAGCCCCAAACAUGGUCCUUUAUUAGUCCUUUCCUCACCCAAAACCUGUUGAUCUUCACAGUCUGCAGUGGAUUGUAUUAAGGUCCCAGCCUGCUCUCUCACCUGUAGCCUCUCUUGAAGCAGACAAAGUACAAAUCAGAUUAAAUGUAACAUGUAUAAAAAACCUCCCAGAGAGUGGCCAUGUUUAUAAGUCACAGUGGGACAUAAGCUAUGAUAGGCUUCUCGUGAAUGAGCAAGUCUGUUCUUGGCUUGCUGAUGUGGUUUGUUUAGGGAUAACCACAGUUUGAUGACACAAUGAACCAUGGUUUGUGGAUUGUUCUGCUUACGGGAGGAGCAAAGCAGGAGUGAUUGGGCAGCAUUGCUUAGUACACUGCUGGUUCACGGCAAGCCAUAGUUAAUGGCCUACUGUGGCAUGCAAACACAACCAAUAUUUUGUGUCCAGAACAAUUUAUAGACUUUUUUUAAAAAAGUCAAACUUUUAUUCUGAGCUGGAUAUUGAUAUACUGAAUUUUGCUUAAGUCAGCAGGGGGUGGUUAGUUUGGGGAGAAAAUACAAAGUUAGGUCCAGUUGUUGCUUCAGAUUUGGCUUGACUUCUCUUGUUUAAUAAGGUGUUGCUACCAUAGACUAGAUCAUGGUUGUAGGCUGUAGUCUUUUGCACACUUACUUGGGAAUAAACUCUUAACUCAGUGGGACUUAACUUCAGUGUAUAAAUGCAUAAGAUUGCACUGCUAAUCCACUAAUGAGUUUUGGAGAUACUAAGAGCUCUAGAGCAACAGGUGACAUUGAAGAAAUAAAUUCAGAACAGCCAUAUGGAAUGCAUAAGACUCUUCAUGGUGUUCAUCUGUUUCCACAGCUGUGAUAUGCGGAACUGUUCAGCUUCCUUAAAAUCCUGCAUUUCUGAAACGUGUCAUCUGUACUGGUAUAUUUUCCAGCUAAUCAUGUGUGACACGUAAGUUCUGGGCAAUAUAUACUUAGAGAGAGAGUGCAAAAAUGUAAGAGACCACUUCUUUUCCUGCGGCAGGAAGAAAGACGGUUGUGAUUUUGACUGUUGCUUUAGGCCAGCUUGAGUUUUAUUUAGAAAUGUAAUUUAUCAGCCUCUUUGUUUUUUUAAGCUAAGCAACUUAAUACAACUAGCUUGAGAAAGAGGAAAUAUAUUUGCAACAGUUUGGACUUGUUGACUUUUAUGGUUCUCAAAUGUUUGCGGAACCCUUGCAGUAAAAUCUUUUCAAAUGAUUUUUUAAAGGGGGCGGAGAGAGGGGUUGAUUAUUUGGACAGGAAGCAAGGCAACACCAAACAGCUUGAGCUUUUAAAAACAACAACUGAGUCCUUGAAAAAGGUUGCUGUGGACCUCCCGAUCUCCUCUGAUGGGAGAAGCUUUUCAUACAUUCAUCGAAUCAUAGAAUUGUAGAGUUGGAAGGGAUCCUAAGGGUCAUCUUGUACAACCCCCUUUGCCUGGGUGGGCUCAAACCACCAACCUUCUGGUUUACAGCCAGAUGCACUGACUGGUUGGGCUGUGGCUCUAAUCCAGGCUUCCUCAAACUCGGCCCUCCAGAUGUUUUGAGACUACAAUUCCCAUCAUCCCUGACCACUGUUCCUGCUAGCUAGGGAUCAUGGGAGUUGUAGGCCAAAAACAUCUGGAGGGCUGAGUUUGAGGAAGCCUGCUAAUCUCACUGCAGCGUUACCCUUGCCUCUAGGCUGCAGCUCAAUAGAAGAGGCUAAGAGGGGGAAUGAGGGAGUCACAUGACAAGAGCUUGAACAGCACUUUUCACCCAAGUAUAGCAGGGCAGUAUGGGCUGGGCAGUGUUGCUUACCUGAAUUAACAGUGGGAGAAGGAAAGGAGGGGAAGGGGUUUCCAGGGAAAUUGCUUGAGCAGUGCAUUUAUUCCUGAUAGCUGCAGCUCAGUGGAAAUCACGGAACCCCUUAGACUGCUUUAUGGAACACAGUUUCCGAAAUGCUGGCUUAAACUAAUACUGUAUGUGCUGCUGUAAAGAGCAAGAUGACACAAAGGGACUUGAUGGAUUAACCCACAAGAUUAACUGGAAAAUGUUGUGAUUAUUAUCCACUUUUGCAUGCAUUAGAAUUGUGGCCACAGGGAGGACAUGUGGCAUAUUAGGAAUAAUUGAAUGUAACAACUAAAUUAAAUGCUGCUGUUAACAUAACAAGACUAAACGUAUUUUAAAUAGAAUGUCAUAUAACAAUGUGGACUCUGAUCCAUGAAAGUUUAUGCCCAGAGUAGCCAAUGCAAUCUCACUCGUUUCUCCUUCCAGAUGUGGAUUUCCCCAGUCUGGGAGUAAUCCCAUUAAGUGGUUACAAACCCAGACACCUGGAGCAGCAGAUGCAAUGUAGCAGUAUUUAUUUUGCUGGUGGAUCAGUAAACCACAUCAGCUACUCCCUUUUCCACAGCCCUUAAUUUCUCCUUACCUUCAUUAUUAUUAUUAUUUAUUAAAAUUGUUAGUCACUUUUUACAAAAGUAACACAAAGCAGCUUACUGUAAACAAACAUAAUACAUACAUACAUUAAAACAAUCAUAAAACAAACAGGAAAAAACUAAAAUACAAACCUGUUUUUAAAAGGCAGGAUUUAAACCAGCUCACCCACUCAAGGAGGCCUCAGAGGAGUAAAAGCGGAAAGCCUGAUGAAAAAUAAACACUUUAGCCUGGGUGCCUAAACAUACGUAAUGAUGGCGCCAGGGGAGCCUCCCUGAGGAGAGCGUUUCACAAUCAGAGAGGCUCCACUGAAAAAGGCCUCUUCUCGUGUUUCAAACCUUCAGACCUCUUGUGGAGAGGGCACAUGAAGAAGGGCCUCAGGUGACAAUUGCAGGAUCCAGGUAAGUCCAUGUGGUAUUGGAGUAUAAGGUUUUAUAGGUCAAAAACCAGUGCUUUGAAUUGAUCCCAGAAACUAAUGGGUAGCCAAUGUAAUUGGGUUAGGAUUUGUGUUAUGUGCUCAGACUGUCUUGACCCAGUGAACAACCUGGCUGCUGAAUUCUGCACCAGCUGCAUUUUCUGAACCAUCUUGCAGUAAUCUAACCUAAAGGCAACAAAGAUUAGGCUAUCCCUGUGCAGGAAGAAAUGUUGGCACUCUGAGUAAGAAUCAUGGCUACAUGGUGGGUAGUACGAGUGGCAAGCCCAAGAGGCCCAGUGGUUUAGACCACAGCGCCACCUGUGUCCCUCACCGCGAUGGAGUGAGCUCCCGUUCUCUGUCCCAAAACAGUUCGAAAGCAUGCCAGUGCAAGUAGAUAAAUAGGUACUGCUGUGGUGGGAAGGUAAACAACAUUUCCAUGCGCUCUGGUUUCCGUCACAGUGUUCCAUUGCGCCAGAAGCAGUUUAGUCAUGCUGGCCACAUGCCCCAGAAAGCUGUCUGUGGACAAACACCAACUCCCUCGGCCUGAAGUGACAUGAGCGCCACAACCCCAUAGUCACCUUUGACUGGACUUAACCUUCCAGGGGUCCCUUACCUUUUACCUAUAGUCUGAGUGGAUUUCAGAUCAUUUGAUGGGAAUAUGGGCUGAUUUUCUACCACUCUUCAAAUAUUAUUAAGAAAUAUUUUUUUCUUGCACAGUGGUUAAUUUAUGGCUUGGAAAAAUAUAAAAAUACAAGGCAACCCUAAAUCCAUUGUAAUUUAAGGCAGUUGCCAUUUUGGGACACAUGUAUCUCAAAGUCAAGUCGUUGUGCGUGUCUUGGUGUUCCUGUGCCAGAUCAUCAGUGCUUUCUGGAAUGUGAAGAAAUAAAAAAAGGCCAGAGUUUUUGUUAGGUUUGUGUGCAAUGCUGUAUGAAAGGCUAAUUUCUUAACAAAGCACAGUCUGAAUGAGCAGGGUGGUGAUACAUUUUGUGAAUAAGAAUAUAGAGGUUUGCAAAACCGUAACAUGCUUAGACACCCAAGUGAGUCACUAAUGCAGCAGACAGGCAUUUUAGCAGCUGGAAAAAUAAUGAUACUGCAGGUGGGCUGGAGAGAAUACCUAUCCUCUUUUGAUAUCUUGGACUGUUUCUCCGGUAUUAAGCUGGAUACCUUUUCUUUUGUGCUGCCAGGAGCCCUGAAGAACGCCCAUACAUUCCUCCUGAAGUAAGACUCCCUUGCAUGUUUGAGGAAGCAAAUUCUUUUUGCUGUCUCAGCCAGCCAGGGGUCCCCAUGCUUUCCAAAUUAUAAUGAAGCACUUGGAAUUUUUCAGCAUGUAAAAUGAUCUUCUAAAUCAACCUGUCAGAACAUGGCAUUUUCCUUUCUGUCUUCUGGCCAACACAAGCGAAACGUAUCAUACAAAGGCAAAAUAGUGACUUUUAAUAUUCUCCUCCCCCACCUCCAUCUGCUAAUCCAAAACAUUUAUUUCUCUGCCUGACUGAACAAGUUGUGUGUGUGUUUUUAUCAUUCACAUACUUAUAAAAUCCUUCAUAAUCUUCCCUUCCACUUUGGACUCUAGGAAGAUGUGGGGACACAUAAGCAGGAGUUGUACAGGCUCUCUGCACAUGUGUGCUUUUGCUCUUCUUCACCAAGCUAUAGCCAUGCUGGGAUGAUAAAGAGUUGUUUGCUUUUGUUUGAAGUUAAACAGCUGCACAAUAUGGAAAGAAUAUAAAAGUCCAUUGCCAGGUGUCUUCCUUCUUCCCAGCGAAAUCCAUCUUUUGUGUUUACUUUCCGCAUAUUGACGCUCAUAACUCUUGUGUACCAUGGCAAAGCUGCAAAAGAUUCAGACCACUGGAUGAAGUAAAUAAUGUUCUUGGACUUGGCAGGUAUCCUGAACUCCGAAGCAUGUGAGGCAGGAGGUGGGGAGGGGAAUGAGAGCGGCGUUUGCUCGUUUUAGCUGGAAAAUUCCUUCAGUGUCACUUAGCCAAGAUGUGUGUAAUGUCUCCAGGAAACAAGAACAAGCACUUCAGAUGGGCUGCCAUGGCAUAAUAUAUCCAAAUAUAUGUGCCUCCGGAAUUCUUUUGGCUGGCUCCCCUAUUCUGUUAUAUCGCUUAUUGUGUUAUUGCUCUUGGCAGACCCCUUCAUGGUACUUGUCACUCAGCUUUACAAAAGUCUCAGAUUACCUGUGAAUUGGUUUAGGAGCUGAAACUUCUUUCUUUUCUCUCUCUCCUAAGGGAGCUCUUGUUAAGUGGCACUGGGCAGAUAUUUCAGUGUGACAUCAUUUAGCGUUUUAUGGACUAGCAAAGAGUCCAUGAUUAUAAUGGGCAGGAGGAGGCUGUAGGGAAAGGCCUGUGGAUCAGCAAACAAGUGCCAGCAUAGCUUAAGAGACAGAGCGUAGCUGGGGAUAUUUCUCUUGGUUCAAGAACUGGGACUGACAGCACUCUUUGCUUGCCCAACAGCUGCUGGAAUCCUGGUGGUGAUGGGUACAAGGGGGUGGGGAAGUAUGUAUUCCUGUGCAUUUCACAGGACCAUUGCCAUCCCACUCCCAAACCAGGUACAUCUGAGUAAGUUUCCUUUAGUAGGGGAAAGAAGUCGUUCAUGGAAUCUACUCUGAGCAAAAGUUAGUUGACUAACAAAGGGCUGGAUUCAACUAACCUGGAUGCCAGUGCAAGGACUUCUGUUAGUUCAACAGGGCUUUCCUCUGUCUCCUGACUCCAAAUCUGCUCUGGAGCAUUGGGAGAUUUCCUAGAACACAGGGAUGGAAGAGGGGGGAAUCAUUCUAUCUAGAAAGCACAAAAUAUUUGCACGGAUUGAACGAUCGUGACAGCAUGAUGUUGAAUUCCGCUCAUCACUUUCUACUGAUUCAUCUUUGGAAAUGGUUAACUUCUUGACACAAUGUUUUCAUUGUGUCAAAUUCCUGCACACUAAAUAGGGGCAUUCGGUUUGAAUGAGAUUUGCUGUGAAUGGCAGCCUCCCCAUUUUAGGCCAAAUUGGACAAAUGCGCCUGAAUUGCCGUGUACAAAGUUGAAAAGUGUGGCUGAUUUUUUACUACAGAUUGUGGAAUUUGGGGCUUGUAUUUUCCUUUUUUCUUCAGUUGUCAUGAAUUUAUUUAUUUUUAAAUAUCUUGCAGACAUUUCAUUGAUUCAGAAUGACGCUGUGGAUGAUACCAUUACUGCUAACCUGCAUUAUUUGCACCAGCCUGACAAGAGCUGA